UUUACGUUAUUUAUUACCAUCGAUUUGAGAAUCAAGUCAAGGUCGUCUGCAUCGAAUGACCCAAAUUCUGGGAAAAGGGAUAAUUUCGAAGAAUUACAAAACAAAAAGCGUCCUUGUCCAGAAACAUUGCUUGUGUGUCUUUAAUAUCCCAGCUGUACCUUUCACUUCUAUCCAUGGUGUAUCAGAUACAAUACAUUUUGGCUGGCAGAAAAGCACAUGUUUGUAAAAUGCAUCAAUUUUUUCGUUGUUUUCUUUGACUUCAAUUCGCGAGCAAGUUGAGUUUUUUUGUCUGUUUGUUUUUACCCAAACAAGAGGCUUAGUAAAAAUCAAUCCAGUUUGAUACAAUUCCUUAGCCGCCCAAUGGUCAGUGGGAAUUUUCGAGGUUUUGUAUAAAAGUAACUUGCUGCAUCCGUAUCAGUACCAUUCACAUCUUCUUCGUUCCACACUUAACAUCAACAAUCCAUUCUAAAGAAAAAUGGCAUUCAAGUUUGUCUUUGUUUUUGCAUUCGCACUUGUUGCUGUUGCCAGUGCCGGCUUACUACCUGCUGCUCAGGUGUAUCAUGCUGCUCCAGCGUUGGCUGUCGCUCAUCCGGUGUUGACCAAAGAUGCUGAACAAUACGAUCCUCAUCCACAGUAUAAAUUCUCAUACGAUGUGAAUGACAGUCUUACUGGCGAUGUUAAGAGCCAAGUUGAAGCCCGCGACGGUGAUAUUGUCCAAGGUGAAUACUCUUUGAAUGAUGCUGAUGGCUUCAAGAGGGUCGUUCAGUAUACUUCUGAUCCAGUUCAUGGAUUUAAUGCUGUUGUUAGUCGGGAACCACUGGGAGUUGCUGUGAAGGCUGUUGCUGCUGCUCCAGUUGCUUAUGCUGCUACUCCAGCUUUGAUCAAAUCUGCACCAGUAGCAUAUGCAGCUACACCAGCGUUAGCUUACCAUCAUUAA